AUGGGUCGAAAAUGCGAAACAGUGGAUGAUUUUGAUGCCAAAUUGAAAGAGAAUGGGGCGGAGAUGGCUGAUUAUUUUGUGAGAACUCUUCUUACGAUUAUUCACGCCAUUUUGCCGCCGAGAACGAAAGAGAAAUCGGAAAUCGACUCGAAGGAGGGGGAUAAAUCGGGGUUCUCAGCCUUGAAAAUUAAGGACAGCAGGGAUAGGGUGAAGGAACUGGAGAGGGAGAUUGAAGAUGAAGCUAGGAAGCAGAUCAAUGGAGAGGAAGAAGAGAAGCGAAAGCAUAGGGACAGCCAUCGAGAUAGAAGAGAGAGGAAAAUGGAGAGCAUUUGGGGUAGAGAGAGAAAGUGGAAGGGUGAGAAUGAUUAA